CUCUCUCUCUCUCUCUCUCUCUCUCACCACGCUCCUACACAAUGUCUUUCUCCGGUUUCCUAGGCUCACGGAGAGCCACCGCCCCCGCCAGCAAGCGCCACCUCCUCUCCGACUGGGAUGCGGCCAAAUUCGAAGACCUCAAGUACUCGUACGGUCUUGCUGGCGUGGACCAAGUGGGCAACUUCCUAUGGGUCGACACGUUUCUCUACCUGCUCCUGGCGACGUCAGCAGUACUCCUUAUCCUGCGCAUAUGCAACAUGUGGUGGAAGCACAACCGACACCUCAGCGCAAUGGGCAACCCACGCCAAAAGUACUGGGAGUCCAACAAGACAAGCUGGUGGCCCUGGCUCAACCGCCAUGUCCUCGUCGCCCCGCUGUGGAAGAAGAAGCACAACGCCCAGUUCCAGAUUAGCAGCGCCAUUGACAACGGAACACUGCCCGGACGAUGGCACACGAUCCUGCUCGUCAUCUACGUCGGCCUCAACGUCGCAUGGUGUCUCGCCCUGCCCUAUGACGUGCUCGACCACAGGCAAACCCUCGCCGCUCUCCGCGGACGCUCCGGAACCCUCGCUGCCCUGAACCUCAUCCCAACCGUCCUCUUCGCCCUCCGCAACAACCCCCUCAUCUCGCUUCUCCAGGUCUCGUACGAUGACUUCAACCUGUUCCACCGCUGGGCUGCCCGCAUCACCAUCGCCGAGGCCAUUGUCCACACUGCCGCGUGGGUGUACAACACCAAGUCAGGAGGAGGAUGGGGUGCCGUCGUGGCUGGCCUCCACCUCGAGGGCUCGUACGGAUGGGGCAUGGUCGGAACCGUCGCCUUUACCUUUCUCGGCAUCCAGGCCUGGUCACCAUUUCGCCACGCUUUCUACGAGACGUUUCUCAACAUCCACCGCCUGGUUGUGAUUGCCGCUUUCAUUGGCUUGUACAAGCACCUGGACAUGCACCACCUCCCCCAGGUGCCAUGGAUGCACCUCGUCUUCGUCUUCUGGGGCGGAGAGUGGCUCUGCCGAUCCCUCUCGAUUCUCUACUACGGCUUCAGCCUGAAGCAACGAUCUUCCGUCACUGUCGAGGCCAUGCCUGGCGAGGCCGUUCGCGUCACCAUCAACAUGGUCCGUGAAUGGACGCCCCGCCCCGGGUGCCAUGUGCACAUGUGGAUGCCCGCCCUCUCCCUCUGGUCUUCGCAUCCGUUUUCCGUCGCCUGGGCUGCGGCGCUGACGGAAGACUCCAAGGAGAUGACGCUUCCCAUGCUCGAGGGCGACGUUGCCACCAUCUACGGCAAGCCGAGAAAAUCAAAGCAAAUCAGCCUCAUCUGCCGUGCGCGUACAGGCCUCACGCGCCACAUGUACGAGAAGGCAUGCAAGAGCCCCAACGAGCAGUUCACCACAUGGGGCUUCAUCGAGGGCCCAUACGGCGGCCACCACAGCCUCGACUCGUACGGCACCGCCGUGCUCUUUGCUGGCGGUGUCGGCAUCACGCACCAGGUCAUGUACCUCAAGCACCUCGUCGAGGGCUUCAACAACGGCACCACUGCGACACAAAAGAUUGUCCUCAUCUGGACAGUGCCCUCGUCGGACUGUCUGGAGUGGGUCCGCCCGUGGAUGGACGAGGUGCUCCGCAUGAAGGGGCGCAAGCAGUGCCUCCGCAUCAAGCUCUUCAUCUCAAGACCCAAGGGCCGCGUCGAGAACAGCAGCGAUACUGUCAAGAUGUACAGCGGCCGGCCCAACAUGAAGAGCUUGCUGGAAGAGGAGGCCAGGCAUCGUGUUGGCGCCAUGGCAGUCACCGUGUGCGCGUCUGGUGGCAUGGCCGACGGCGUGCGAUAUGCCGUGCGGCCGCUGCUCACCGAGGGCACGGUGGAUUUCAUAGAAGAAGCUUUCACGUAUUAACGGGCUCAGGGCGAGUCCUUGUUGAUGAUUUCUUUGUCUUUGAGAAACGCUAAUCAGAUUACUUCGCCGGCCUACUCUGCCACGCUCGAGGCAAUCGCUUGGAUACGCUACGCUUGGCCGCUACCCACGGCGCCAUGGAGGAGUGUAUCGGGCUUCACGACUAGGGGCAUGCCAGUGUGCACCCACCAUCUUUACCAUACAUGGACACUGUCGGUUUGCUUGCCUGUAUCUAUAACAAACAUAACUUUCUUAGCUCGCUCUCUUUGUCUGUUUCCUGUACAUAUCCCGUUGAUAAUGCUUCAUCCUUUUUUAUCCAAACGUCAUGUAUUUCCUUGGUUAUUUUUCAAGCGAUGCAUUUGCCCGGCGUUUCGC